CCCGCGAUCGUUACGUUUACGAUUAUUGCGCGGUAGACUAGCUUUGAUCGGUUCAAAGGUUACAUCUCAAACAAAUUAACCGGAGCAGACAGAGAAUUUAUCGAUACUGGACAGAUCCUAGUUGCUUCUGUCUUCGGACUAGUAGCAGUAGUCAAAAUGUCAUUGUGGGCAAAAGCACAACAGUUGCCCCAAGAUGCACUGCAACAGGUGCGUUCAGUAUAUGGAGAGCACUUUCCAAUAGAGGUUCGACAUUUUUUGUCAUCUUGGAUAGAAGAAAAGAUGUGGACUGACAUAGAACCUGAAAAUCCACAACAUGAACAAUAUAUAGCUAAUCUUGUUAUAUCUCUGAUACAAGAACUUGAAUCUAAAGCAGCAUCUUUGAAUACAGACGAUAUGUUUCUUACAAAAUUAAAAUUAAUGGAAGCUGCAAAAAAUUUUCGUCAAAGGUAUACUCAUAAUCCAACAACAUUGUUCAGAAUAAUCAGACACUGUCUAGGAACAGAAAUGAAAUUAGUAGCACAAGUAGAAAAUUUGGGAGGAGCAUUAAUGAGUAUGGCAGGAGGAAAAGUUGGAUUGAUUAGUGAUGCUGUAGCUGAAAUAGCACAGCAUGUUGAAUCGUUACGGCGUAGAACACAAGAAACUGGGGAAGAUUUACGAAAAAUGGAACAGGAACAAGAAGCCUUUGCUAUUAGUUAUCACGAGUGUACCAAAUUAAACGCGCAUCUUCAACACCUUGCAACACAACCACAAAAUCAACAGAAUAUAGACUUGGAGAAAAAGAUCAGAAGACAAAAGGAGCAACAAGAGCAAGUACUAAAUCAUAAAGUGACUGGUUUGAUGCAGUUAAGAUUGACACUAGCUGACAAACUGAAGGAUACAAUCACUAGGCUAAAUAGCUUGCAAUCCAGAGUAUUGGACGAUGAACUUAUUAGAUGGAAAAGAGACCAACAAUUAGCCGGGAAUGGCGCGCCGUUUAAUAAUAAUUUAGACUCUAUUCAAGAAUGGUGUGAGAGUCUAGCCGAAUUAAUUUGGCUGAAUCGCCAACAAAUCAAAGAAGCCGAACGUUUAAAACAGAAAUUUGCUCUCGAACCACCUGGAAUGCAAGAUAUUCUACCUACGUUAAAUUCACAAAUUACACAGCUUCUUAGUUCACUAGUAACUAGUACGUUCAUCAUAGAAAAGCAACCGCCGCAAGUAAUGAAGACUAAUACACGUUUUACUAGUACUGUACGUCUUCUUGUGGGUGGAAAAUUAAACGUUCACAUGACACCUCCUCAAGUAAAAGUAAGCAUUAUUAGCGAAGCUCAGGCAAAUGCCCUUCUGAAGAGUGAUAAAAUGGCAAAAAAUGGAGAGGCUAGUGGUGAAAUUCUCAAUAACACAGGAACCAUGGAAUACCAUCAGGCAACGAGACAGCUAUCUGUAAGCUUCCGCAAUAUGCAAUUGAAGAAGAUCAAAAGGGCGGAGAAGAAAGGAACAGAGUCUGUCAUGGACGAAAAAUUUUCACUUCUUUUUCAGUCGCAGUUUAGCGUCGGGGGUGGCGAAUUAGUAUUUCAGGUUUGGACGCUAAGUUUACCCGUUGCAGUACCCGAUAAAGUUCCAUGGGGUCAAGUGGCCGAAGCAUUGAAUGUUAAAUUUCGAUCGGCAACAGGCCGUUCUUUAACUGAAGAUAACCUCCGAUUUCUCGCGGAGAAAGCAUUUCGGGGUGGUAACGCGGCUGGUCAGGAUUAUUCUGGUUUGCUUCUGAGCUGGGCACAGUUUUGCAAAGAACCAUUGCCCGAAAGAAAUUUCACAUUUUGGGAGUGGUUUUACGCCGUGAUGAAACUGACAAGGGAGCAUCUGAGAGGCCCGUGGAUUGACGGGUACAUAUUGGGAUUCGUUAGAAAGAAGCAAGCUGAGGAAAUGCUAGCGAAUUGUGCAUCGGGAACUUUUCUAAUGCGCUUCUCGGACUCUGAACUUGGUGGGGUUACUAUCGCAUGGGUAGGAGAUCAAACAGAGGUGUUUAUGCUGCAGCCAUUUACGAGCAAAGACUUUGCUAUCCGUAGCUUAGCGGAUCGUGUGUCCGAUUUACAACAUUUGCUUUACCUAUAUCCAGAUCUGUCGAAGGAUCAAGCAUUUUCCAAAUACUACACACCGUUCACAGAAAACCAAUCUACGUCGACGAACGGAUACGUGAAACCUGUAUUAGUAACGCACGUACCUGGUUGGGGUGGACCUGGCAUUGGUUGUCAGACUCCGUCGCACUCGUCCGUAGUUGGGGUAGGCAGUAGCGGUCAGAGUGGUCCAGGUGGUAGUUAUCCUGCGACGCCAUCCACCAUGUUCCAAGCGCACAGUCCUGACCCGUCCGUGACGCGCGAUACUCCGUCGGUGGCUUCCAGCUACGCUCCGGGCCUUGGCCAGUCAAGCGUUGGGCGAGCGAACUCGGACAUGGACUAUGUGGAGCUGAUGGGUCACGGCGAGCUGCCCUCGAUCGACGAAAAUCUCAACUUGGACCACUUUAACGGCUUUAGCUUCUCCGAGUUCAUACAAUCGUACAACACUAAGCCGCAGUAGGUAUAAUCGGGACAAUCGCGAUACCCUCGCGAGCAAACACGGUUUCCGUUAGAGGAAAAAGUGGUGUAAGAAAAAGCCAUAACUUGGUCUCCGAGUUACUGAAUUUUAUGUGAUAUUAACAUUCGGUUUAACAUUUAUUUCAGUAUUUGAAAUUAAUUUAUCGAGCGGUUGGAGACCUUAACCCCUACGUUGCUUUUUCCCCCCAGAGGAAGCCGAGUUUGCUCGUCGGUGUACAUGCCACCUUUCUACCUAUCCCUUUUUGCGUCGGUUGCUCGCCUCUGUUCUUCAAUCCCCGUCGACUUCUGAAACCCCACCUAAUCCACCAGAUCUGAUCCGUGUUUAUCGCUGUUUAAUAGAGGAGGGAUAGAAGAGGGAAAUCGUCUAAUGUCUUUAGCAACGUUAACGUAUAUCCAUUUAACGCGUUAUACAGCAUAUGUGUUUUCUUCGAUUACUAUGUCCAAGUGCAAUAUAGAUAUCUCUUUCUCUCUCUCCCCCUCUCGCACACAUACAUACACAUACACGAAAAUUGGAACACAGAAACGGCUAUUUGUGUGUAAGUAGCUACUUGUUCGUUCAUUGCAAUCGUAUGUAUAUCAUUAUCGACAUUAUUUUAGGAAUUUAUCAUUUUGAAACAUUUGUUAUAUCGGUUGUACGACGAUAAUUUAAAAAUUUAAAAAGGCAUUUAGGGGUUCCAGAUUGGAAGCAAAAGCAUCUCUGACGCGCGCGUUUGGAGUCUUCGAUACUUGGUCUAGAUAGGAUUUAGUUGAUCAAAUCGUGUUUUAACUUUACGCCAUGUUUUACGGGUUAUAUACUUUGUUUUGUGGAGCUGUACCGUGUACGUUGUAUUAACAAAAACUUUUAAUCGUUUUAGUUCAAGUUUUGACGUUAUA